CAUAUAGCAAAAUUAAAAUUUAGCCUAUAGGAUAAAAACAUAAAAUUUUAUCCAGUUUUUGCGUGAAAAGACUAAAAUGCCCCUCCUUAAAUAUUUGCAAUUUCUCGCUUUCUCUCUGUAACUCUCUCUCUCUCUCUCCCCUAUCGCUCUCUCUCUCCCCCUCUCUCUUUCCCACACCAAAUUCAACUCAAACACGGUUGAUCUGAGGGAGCUGGCGGCGGCGAGGUAUGGACGGCGCGAUCUGAAGAAUUCAGGCGGCAGCGCUACUUCAGGAGCUAGGGCACGACGGCGGAACGAUUUCAGGCAGUAGAGCACGACGACUUCAAGCUCUAGGGCACAACGACUUCAGGUGGCAGCGCAACUUUAUGAGCAAGGUAAUGUAGGCGGCGCGACUUCAGGUGCGCCGGGCAUGUUAGAAGCUGAAAGGAAUAGAGUUUCUCGCCGUGCAUCAUCCUCAUGGGAAGAGGAUGCUGACAUGAAAACACUCGAACCUCUGCCCUUGCAUCAUCGCCAAAUGGCUGGAGCAAGCUUACAGUUACAGAGGGCAGCAAAACUAUUAGACACUGGGGCUGCUAGGGCAACAAGAUUCUUGUGGCGGUAUCCGACAGCCCGCAUCAUCCUGCUGUUCUAUCUGGUUUUUGUGCAUCUCGUUUUGAUGUACCUCUUACAUCGCCUUCAGGUAUGUACAUCUGGUUACUUGCUCGAUCAUUACACCAAAAACACAUUGAUCAGCCUAUAUUAUUACUUUACACUAAACAAUAAGCAGUGAGAUGUGUGUUCAUAGUUUCGGUAUGAUGUGCAGGAACAAGCUGAUAAUAAUACACCUAAUGAAGUCGAAGAAUCUAUGAGAUUAUUUAACAGGACAUCACGUUGAGUUGCUGCCUUGCUGGGAUGUCGAUGCCAAGAAUUCACCGUCGUCUGGAUAUCUAAUGGUGAUUAUUCUGACACUAAACGAGCUUUUGUCACUAACAGGAAUUGCUCAACAUGGAAGUUUCGACUUUGGGCUAAUUCUCCACUAAUAAGAUGUAUAUGAAUUUGUGUGAUUUCCGACAGUUAUGAUGUAUUCUUUGAACGCUUGACUAUAUAUCCAUCCUUAUAUAUGAAUUGGAAAUUUAACCCAUUGCAUUUCUUGGGGGUUUUCCAAUUUAUGUUGAAGAAGCACGACAUGUAUAUGUAUAUAUAUACAGCCUCAAAUGUAUUAGUGAAAGUAAAAACAUUUAGUUGUGGACAAAUGAAGAGAUUUGGUUUCUUGCA